AUGCCCUCCAAAAGAAAAUUUUCAAGACAACGAACAUCUACUCUGCUUCGACACCACGUUCAUGAUGCUCUCAAAGAAAAUAUUCCACCUUUUGAUGGUUUAUCAUCGAUUGAACCUUCCUUUUCUUCCAACGAUGUGACACCUCGCUCUGUUUUAACUCUCAAGAGACACAGUACCACUCGAUCUCCAUCACCAAUACACGCUAAGGCACUGUCUAUCGACACUUCAUCAAGUCGAUUAUCUCGUGCCGAUCAAGCAUCGACCUCGAUGACCUUUUCAACACCAUCGUUUUCUCGUUUGUCUCUCUCUUCCAAUCAAACUCCGUCUUUUACUCGGUUUUCCAGUGAUUCUCAUCGGGGAGCUUCUCUUGAAAAGCUCCAGACCGUCUCUGUAUCUGUCGAAGAUGAAGCACCAUUCGACUUUUAUCAAAUGGUUCACAUUCAAUCUCUUCUCAAUGUCGUCAAACAAAUGAUCUGUCCAUCAUGCCAUGAAAUGUGGCAUGGAAAUAUGUCUGUAAAAAAAAGAGAAGGUGAAAAAUCUUCUACUGUCUUUAAAUCAAUUUUAAUUUCGGCUGUAGGACUGUUUGCAAGUAUUGAAUUCAUGUGCCAGUGUUCGCAUAUAAUCAACAUGAGCACGUCUCCACAAGCACCGAAUUCUCGCCAUCGAGAAAUCAAUUUACGCGCGACUACAGGAGCACUGUUGAGUGGAAUCGGCCAUUCUGGAUUAUGCAAACUUCUUUCGGCUCUCAACAGCCCCCCACCUGUCGAUGAAGAUAACUUCACAGAAACUUUACGCCACAUCGAACCGAUCUUGUCAUCGUUCAAGGUUGCUGCCAUGUCUAGUGCGGUGGAGGAAGCGGUUACAAAACAAGGAACUCGAGAUCUGACGGUUUCCGGUGACGGUAGCUGGCAGAAGAGAGGCUUUUCUAGCACUCAUGGAGUCGUCGCAGUAAUUUCUUCGAAUUGCGGUGCGAAGGUUUUGGAUAUCGAACGACUCUCAAAGCGAUGCACCAUUUGUCAAGGCGCCUUGUCGAUCAAGCUUAAAAAUCCGGAAAAAUAUCAGAUGAUCAUGACUCAACACGAAUGUCAAACGAAUUUUUCCGGCGCUUCAGGUUCGAUGGAGGUGAACGGACUUCAUGCAAUCUUCAAACGAUCUGUCGAACGUCAUAACGUCCGAUACGCGAAAUACAUUGGGGACGGUGACGCCAAGGUUGUUCCUCGGUUGACAGAAGAUCCUCCGUAUUCUGAUCUACAAAUUCAAAAACUGGAGGAUUUGAAUCAUUUCGCGAAGAAAAUGUAUAAUCGGUUGGACAAGAGAAAGAAAGAACUGAAGGGCCAAGUCAUUGAAGGUCGAAAAGGCAUUGGUGGGUUGGGUCGAAUCACAGAGGCGGUCAUGGUCAAACUUAAGUGGUAUUACUGCACAGCGAUCACCUCAAACAAAACCGAUUUGGAGAUGAUGUAUCAGGCAGCAUGGGCUAUCUUCAAGCACAAAAUCUCAACAAAUUCAGAUCCUCACCACGAAUGGUGCGAUCCAAAAUUUUGUGGCUACAUAAAAGCCAAACUUACUCGACAACCAUAUGACCACACACGACAUGCAAUUUCACCGGCGAUUAUGGAGGCGAUAAAGCCAGUGUUUGAAGAACUAUGUUCCCGCGAAGUACUGACUCGAGCGUUGAAUGGAGCUAGCCAAAACUCCAAUGAGGCAUUUCAUUCUGUCCUCUGGACUUUCGCACCGAAAAAUCGAUACACCAGCGGUACAAUUAUGGACGCAUGUGUUUCAAUUGCUGUUGUUGUUUUCAACGAAGGUUAUCUGUCCCUUGGCCCGUUCUUUCGUCAACUAUGUGGUUCCGUUGGUGUCUACACAUCUUUCGGCCUCAAUCGACUCGAUCAAGGUCGGAUUCAAAGAGAACGUCUGAAGCUGCGUCGAAAAGAGGAGCGACAGCAACAAGGCAUAAAGCCGCCAGAAGUUGAAGAAGAAGAGACUGAUGAUUAUCGCGCUGGAGAGUACUAA